UCUAUGGAAUUUUAGAAGCACAAGAAAAUGGAUUUACCAACAGUUGAGCUUGCUGCGAUAUUGGAAUGCAAGAUUUGCUUAGAUACAUAUUACAAGCCGAAAAUUCUUAAUUGUGGACAUGCUUAUUGUCAAGAUUGCUUAGAUGAUAUUCUAGUGUUUCAAAAUGAUGGAAGUGCUGAACUGCCUUGUCCAUUAAGAUGUACAAAAAAGACUAUUCUAAGCAAGGAGGAAACAACAUCGUCGCUAACAGCUGUAUAUACUUUUGCUGUCCUUUUGGACAAGAUGUUACUCAAUGGAAAAGAAAAAUUACUGUGUCAGCAAAGCAAAGAGUGCAAACAGAUUAUAAGCUGUCACUGUACCACAUGCGGUGCAAAGAUCUGCGAACAAUGCCGAAUCAUGCAUUCCUGUGCAGAAAACAAAUAUGUUGACAUAUUGUUUAAUGAAAAGCUGCAAGAAAUUCAACCAUUUUGUAAGCAACAUAAGUCAUUUGCCAAGUUUGUCUGUACAGACUGCGAUAAUUCCUUCGUGUGUGUGUAUUGUAUACAACGAGAUCAUAAGACUCACAGAAAAAAAAAGAUUGAUGAAGUUGGAGAGGAAACAAAGGAAUGGUUUAAAUCGCUUGUCACCUCAUUCCACAAAAAAAAGUUUAUGUUGGAAACGUUAACAGGAAAAUACAAUGACGCUUUAAAAAUUUUUAAAACUGAUAGAGAAAAAUUUGUUCAUGAAUUAAAAGUGCGAAAAUUGAAAAGAAUAGAAGAGUAUCUCAAAAUGUUAAAUGCAGAAGAAGAAAAUUUGUUGAAAGAAUUUGACAAAAAAACAGAGCAGUUUAAAGCAAAAUUGAUAUCUACUGGUUUCGUCGACGAUAGAAAAUUAAGAGAUUUUUCAGAUUACGUGAACGUUCUUAAUUUAAAAUCUCCUUUUGAAAUAGUUUCCGAAAAAAAAUUACUUGAACAAAGAUUUUGCCGCCUAUUUUCUUUUCCAGCAAACAUUCCACAUUUUAAAUCACAAUUUUACGGACUGAAUAAACAGGAAGAUUUCAAAAAUCCAUUGGGGCAAAUGCAAGUCUCUAUAACAGAUGUAAAUGUUGAUGGUCUAGAUCCAAACACAAUUUCAAUUUACAAUAAUUUGAUCGUCAAAACUCAAACACAACCUAACCAAACACAAUUGGAAGCUGAUUUGAUGAACUUAGUUGAAGAUGUGAAGGAGUACGGACAACAUCAUACAUAUGUUAAUCGUCAUUCUGAGCAGCAGAAAAUCUGGAAUGUUGAGAAAAAAACACGAAGUUCAAAGUAUUACACUUUCGAAGAACUUGUGGAAAUCAUUAAAAAUGGUGAAGACAAGAAAUUUCGAUCAAUUAUUUGCAAUGACCCAAAUGUUAUUUUCCUGAGAAGUAAUCAUGGAAAUACACUAUUGAUGGAAGCUUCCAGGUACAACAAAUUUCCAGUAGUUAAAUAUUUGAUUGAAGCAGGCGAAGAUGUAAAAGAUGUUGAUGAUAGCAAAUGGAAUGCAUAUCAUUACAGCACACGCUAUGGUAGCCAUGAUGUGUUAAAGUUACUAAUUAAUCAUGACGACACUAAUAUAAACGACGUAAACAAUUACAAUGAAACACCAUUACAUUUUGCAUGUCGUAGAGGACUUCUCAAAUGUGUUAAUUUACUGCUGACUAUAUCACAUUUAAAUGUUAAUGUCCAGAACGAUAAUGGUAAAACACCAUUGCAUAUGGCAUCUACUGGUGGUCAUGUUGAAUGUGUUAGGUCACUGCUAUUAGCACCAUAUAUCGACGUCAAUAUGCGAGACCAUAAUAAUAACACGGCGUAUGAUAUCACUCAAAACGAAAUUAUCAAAAAUUUACUGGUGGAACAUCGAAGAGAAUAAAUAUUCGUUAACUUUUGUUCCAGCUAAUCAAUAACACAGACGUACAAAGAAGGCAUCUAUUUUAUAGUAUAAACUCCUUUUUAAGAAUUUUUAAAGGAAGCAGGUCGUUAUUUUUGUUUAUUUCUUGAUUUUUAUAUCGUUGAAAAGCUUAUUAUUCUUAGAAUGCUUAUUUUGAAUAAGAAAUAUAAUUUUUUGCA